AUUUUUCUCGUAUGCAUCAACACACACAUCAGAGACAGAUUUAGAUUUUAGACAGAGGGUAGGUUGGGGGAGGGGGUGACUGUCAAAUCUCCAUAUUCUCUCUCUCUAAAAUUCCUAACUUUCUCUCUCUAUCUCUCUCUCUCUUCCCUCAAUCCUUUCUCUCUGAAUAUAAUGCUCCCAGAUUUUCAAGAUUUGGAGUUGAUCUGAGAGCUUCAAUGGAGGGAAAUGGUGGAGCUCAUUUAGAUGGGAAGGUGUUGCAGACAUUUCAAAAGAGUUUUGUUCAGGUUCAGAACAUUUUGGAUCAAAAUAGGGUUUUGAUUAAUGAGAUUAAUCAGAAUCAUGAGUCCAAAAUCCCAGAUAAUCUCAGUAAAAAUGUGGGAUUAAUCAGAGAGCUGAACAACAAUAUAAAGAAAGUUGUGGGUCUUUACUCUGAUCUUUCAUCAAAUUUCUCAAAAUCCAUUGAUGUCAAUUCAUCUGAAGGGGAUUCAAGAUCAGAUGGGAAAGCUGUGCAGAAGAGGACUAGGCCUGCUUAAUCAGCUCAGCUCAACUUCCAAUUUUUCUGUUUCUUGAAUUCUUUUUUAAUUUGCAUUGUGGGUUUUUUUUUUAAAGGAAAAAAAAAGAAAAAAAAAAGAGAGAUGAAAAUGGGGUCCAUUUGUGUUGUUUAAUAGGGAAGUACAUUAAUUAAUUUUAAUUAGAUUUGUGUAACUCUUUGUUAUCUAGUAGUGGCCUUUUCAGAUAUUUAAGAAUAACCUUUUGUAAAUCUUUCAAUCUAAUUGAAAUCAAGAAUGUCUUUUUGACCAAA